UGCCAUUUCCAGAGAAUGUAAGAGCUGUUGAAGAGGAAUGUGGUCACAUCAAUGUCACCUGGAAGAGCAACCACGUCAUAGAACCAGUGAACACAACCAUCAGUUGGCGUGGGGUCCACAGCAGUGGAGCCAGACACUAUGAGAGAGGUAGUUCUGAAGACUCUCAUCUACUGACAUUAGACUACUCUGAGACUGGACCAGUGGAAAUUGCUGUGACAUUCUCUAGUGCUGUCUGUAACAAAACAACUACCAUUACAC